AUGUAUACAAGUCAUCACAAUCAAGAAGAUGAUACCUUUUCUUUAUUAAAUCAACUUGAACAAUUAACUUUAGAGUCGGUCUCGCCGACAUCAUCUUCGACCAAUCAACAGCAACAAUCCAAAGGUUACCAAAAUGCUGUUCUCUUUUACGAUCAAAUUAUUAAAGAUGUUCCUUUGUUGGUUCCACAAUUUAACAUUAUCAUGAAGGAAUAUAGACAACAUAUAUGUGAUAUACCUAAAACAUUUCAAAGAGUUUAUGAUUUGUUCAAAGAUCAUAAACAUUUAAUCAAAGGAUUUAGUCAAUUCCUACCUCGUGAAUAUAAACAUGUUGAGGAGAAGAAGAAGGAGGUGAAGGAGGGGGAGGAGGAAGAUGAGAAAGAUGCAGCCGUGCUAUAUGUAGCAAAGGUUAAACAACGAUUUAAAAGUACCCCUCAAAUAUACCAACAAUUUUUGGUGACCUUGAAGAUAUUUAAUGGUAAUAAUCAAGCUGAAAUAGCUUCUCUAAUUAAUAUUUUGUUCAUAGGUCAUAAUGAUCUAAUACAAGAUUUUAAACAUUUCCUUCCCAGACCAAAAUAA